AUGGCGAAAUUGUGUCCAAUUUGUGGCCCAAAGCUCUCAGCCUUCUGGUAAGUUAUUGGAUCAUUUUUUCGAUUUGUUUCCUAUCGUAUUUUACUGUAAAUUUACCAAGAAUAUUACAGCAUGAUCAUGUCAGUAUGGGGAGUAAUUUUCCUCGGACUUCUUGGCCUUUUCUUCCAUUUGAAUGCAGUGACACUCUUCCCCGACCUUACUGUUGAGCAGUUGAACCUAAGGUAUGUCUAUUUUUGUAUUUUUUUACUUUUAGGUAGGAUCUGGCUUUUAGAAGGAGGCAUAUUGCUUCUAGAUUUCUGACAGAUGUGUUAGACCUUUCUGCUUGCCGUCAAUUUUCGAUUUAUGUUAUCCAUGGCUUAAAUUGCUAUUCUGUUCGAAAUUUACAAAUAUUUUGAUGUUUUCAACGGAAAAUCGGAGAACCCUUGAUUUUUUUACCUGCAGUAGGGUCCAAUGCAACUUUUAGUAGUAUAUUUGAACCGUUGACAUACCUCUAAACCGAUCUCCACAUCAAUUUAUCUCAUCCUUCUCUAUUUUCAGAGACGUCGAAGACAAAUACUCCGAAAAGGCGGUGCAGUGCUGGAUUGCCGCCGGGAUGUAUCUAGUGACGUUGAUUGUGGUGUUCUGGCAGAACCGUUUCAACUCGGUGUCCAUUUUCUGA